AGUAAAUAUUGUGUUGAAAAAUGGAAGAACAAUUGAUAUUUGCGUGGGCAAUGAUAUUCUGCAUCGCCAUAGCGCCCGUCUAUGGGGAAUACUAUUCCAAGACUGUUACACCUAGUUCAAAGGUGGAAAAAGUGACCAAUCUUCACUUCUUCCUCCACGAUACCCUCAGUGGAGAACACCCUAGUGCAGUUCUGGUAGCCCAUGCUAACCUCACCAGGAAAGACCAUUCCCCAGUUCCGUUUGGCAGCUUGUUUGCUAUCGAUGAUCGGCUCAGAGUAGGGCCUGAACCAACAUCCAAGAUAAUCGGCAACGCCCAAGGACUGUACCUAUCAUCCAGUCAAGAUGCUUCCAAGUUUACAAUAGUUUUGUACGCUGAUUUUGCGUUUACGACUGGCAAGUUUAAAGGGAGCUCCUUCAGUAUAUUCUCUAGGAAUCCGGUGACCGAAGCUAAACGUGAAGUGGCAAUCGUGGGAGGGAGAGGUCGGUUUAGGAUGGCUAGAGGGUUUGCCCAUAUUAAGACCAGCUAUUUCAAUGCUACUACAGGAGAUGCUAUUCUCGAUUACAAAGUUACUUUAUAUCAUUAUUAAAACCAUAAGAAUGCAGAAAUACAGGAAUCCAAUCAUGAGAGAAAAUUAAUAUUUUCCUAAGACUGAAAAUGUGAUAUCAUAUUUAAUACUUGUUAUGAUUCUGUGAAGAAUUGGGGAAUAACA